GUUACCAAAUGGUAUACUCAGCGAAACACUGUGGUAGAAUCCACAACUCCUCCUCUAGAAGGACUUAACAUUUCCUACUCCAACGAAGUCAUAAAGGCUUCUCCCUUUAAAACUAAGUUUGAGAGAGGUACUAUGACACCACAAUGCAGAGAUCUUGAUAGAAUAAUUGAACAAAACAAUUAUACGAAUCAAGCUCUUCAUACCAUCUCUCAGCAGAUAGAGGACGUCAAGAGUCCUCCUCUUUCUGCCCCACUACCUACUAAGAGCACGCCAUGCUCUAAGCCGCUUUCCAAUCCUAUCUUUAAACUCCCUGAGUUUCACAAAGAUAAAUUUCCCGACCUAAAUGACGAUUUCAAAUUGUCUGAACAAAUCUUAGAGAAAAUCAACUCCAAACUCACCAAGUUCAAAAUCUCUCAAGAGCCCUCUAGCUCUAAAGAUUCCUCCGGUUCUAAAGAAAAGAACUCUCUCUCUAAACUUUCUAGUGAUCGAUUUUCAACUAGAAAAAAUU